AUGCGGCUCCUAGACACGAGGAACGGACAGUUUCACGAGAUCCUCAAUGCCACAGACCAGCCUUAUGCGAUCUUGAGUCAUACCUGGGAUCAAGACGGCGAACAAUCCUUCGAAGAUCUAUGUAAGAUACAAGCUCGCUACAAACACCCGGGCUACGUCGACAUCUACCUCUCAUAUUUCGGGCAAGCCAAUGCAUGUGCCUGCGCACGUGCGGAAGGGCACAAAUACCUCUGGAUCGACUCCUGCUGCCUCGACAAGAGCAGUAGCGCGGAAAUGUCGGAGGCGAUCAACGCGAUGUACCGCUGGUAUGAGGUCGCUGUGGUGUGUUACGCGUAUCUCUCGGACGUACACAGCACGCGAAGGCAGAAGAACAUGGUCGGGGAAUUCUUCCUCAGUCAGUGGCACACCCGCGGAUGGACUCUCCAAGAGCUGCUCGCACCAGACCACGUCAUCUUCCUCUCCGCGAGCUGGAAAUACCUUGGUACGAAGACAAGCCUGGCCAGCGUCCUCUAUAGACGGCUCGGUAUUCCCCCGCUCGUACUCACGAAGUUCCAACCCGUAAAGAGCGUGUGCGUCGCGAUGGUGAUGUCGUGGGCGACAUCGCGCGUGACCACGCGGGAGGAGGAUAGGGCGUACUGCCUCAUGGGCUUAUUCGGCGUCCACAUGCCCACCCUCUAUGGAGAGGGUAACCGCGCGUUCGUCCGCCUUCAAGAAGCGAUCUGGGAGCGGACGCCCGACGCGUCUGUCUUCGCAUGG